CGGAGCGCGAUCUGACGCGCGGCUGCUGCUGUUGCUGUGAACCGCAGGGAUGUGAGACACGCGCCGGAUACGCGAGGAGAGAAGAGACAGACAGGUCUCUUGACAACGUUAUAAAAAAACAGGACGCCUCCUGCGAGUAGCAGGUACUAUGCGGCCGCGCUGUGCGUGCGCUCUGAGCGCGCGACGAUGUAAAAGGCAACGCGUGCGGAUUCUGCGGCAGCUGUGAUCGGGAAUAACUGGGAUAGGAAAACUCAGCGAGGCAUGGAAAAGCACGCUGAUCACUGAGCAAAUAAUCAUCCAGACAAUCAUUCGCAGACGUGUUCGUUGUGUGCGCCCCCAGGCGCUCCGUUCUUCGACCGAUUACCACAGAAGAGACACACAGAGCAUUUGAAUGCGAACGGGUGCGUGCGGUGCAAGUGAUUCCGUAGUUUCUGCCCUGCUCCGUUCAACGCUGCUGAGAAGACCUUACAACCAGAUAUAUUUCAACAGUUCAGCAUGUGAAAACAAACCUCAACACAAGUUCUUAUCGUGUGAACCGUAUGGUUGGAGAGUGACCUCAGAGCCUCUAUUAUUUCUAUUGCUCAAUCAGCCAGAUGGGGAAACAAGGGAAUUCUGACGCUACACUUGUUGCCAGUGCUUGAAUCCAAAAAGUGAAGGAAUUUAAACUUACAGGAACUGAGCUAUAUCGGCUCUGAAUGAAGUCUGUGUGCUGCUGGUUUAGAAUGUUGUCACGAUAACAUCAGCCUGACUCCGCUCUGACUGCGGCAGGUGGGAGCCCAGGGGUCAGUCUGUGAGUGAGGGCUGAGUCAUGAGUGAAUCAGCGCUGCUUCUGAUUGACGGACAGCUCGGUGGGAAACAAGGCCUCGGGAGAGCGAGAGUCCGAUAACAGGAGUGAAAGCGUCGCAACGGCAAUAUCAUCUUUCAGUCUUUACUGCCACUCUUCUUUCACAAAAUGGCCUCUGCGGUAGCACCGCUCUCCUCUGUCGCUGCCUCUUUGGGGACGUAGAAAGACACGGGACACACGGACACAUUCUUACAUACUGCCGCAGAGGAAAGCUGGGGAAGUGUCUUCAGACUUUAAGGUCCUUAAUAGAUAAACAAACUGUGUUAAACGUUAGUACCAUCACAACUACUGUUUCUUGGUUUGGGAAUCGUCUUAAUGUUUCAAAGGGACUCAUAGUACCAUGAGCGUUUUAGGAAGGUGCGUUCUCUGAUUUUAUAUGUUCCUGUGUGACAUCGAAGGCCAAUGCGUGUGGCUCAAGAGCCCAUCAUGGCCAGGCCGCUGCUGAAGAUCCACCGCUAUUUCCGGCGUAAACCGAUACGCUUUUUCUCUUUCAUCCUCCUCUACCUCACCGCUGGCAGUCUUGUUUUCCUCCACUCCGGCUUCUCCAGCGAUACUUCCACUACUGGAGCUUCUGGAAGCGGCCGUGACCCACUUAUAUCUGAAGGUGGGGGCGGCACAGGUGCUGGGAGCUCUACCUCUGAUGCUCUCGGGCUCCUAGGAAGAGUGUUUAAGGAAACACGGAGAGUCCCCCGGAGAUUUGGACCACCGUGGAUGAAGGAAAAUGGGGCACAGGAUGCACCGGAGUGGGCCAGACGAGGAGUCGAUCGUACCAGCAGCUGGAGCCAUGGAGCCAAAGGAAGAACCACCAAAGAGAUGGACGAUGGGAGAGCAAAGCACAUCGGCUGUUAUAUUGAUGACACACAGAAACGGGCUCUUAGAGGGGUUUCCUUUUUGGACUACAAAAAAAUGACUGUCUUCCGUUGCCAGGACAACUGUGCUGAAAGGGGUUAUCUCUAUGCGGGUCUGGAGUUUGGAGCUGAGUGCUACUGUGGCCAUAAGAUCCAGGCACCCAACGUGUCAGAGAGUGAAUGUAAUAUGGAGUGUAAAGGGGAGAAGAGUAACCUCUGUGGAGGACCUAAUAGACUGUCCAUAUACAGACUGGAGCUGAGCCAGGAGUCGGCCCGCAGAUAUGGGAGUGCCAUCUUCAAGGGCUGUUUCAAGAGGCCAGACAACGUGACCCUGGCGCUUCCUGCUAGUGCCGUUAUUAAAAACAUGUCAGUGGACAAGUGUGUUGACAUGUGCACAGAGAAAGAAUUCUCUCUGGCAGCCUUGGCUGGUGAAAAAUGUCACUGUGGAUUUCCUACUCCACUCUUCACCCUGCAUGAGCGUGAGGAUGAGGAACUGUGUCUCCAGCACUGUGCAGGAGAAGACUUUGAGAGCUGUGGAAACAAUGACUUCUUUGUAGUGUACCAGACCCAAGUGCAAGAUAAUCGUUGUAUGGACCGGCGCUUUUUACCCACUCGUUCCAAACACCUAGUGGCACUAGCUAGUUUCCCAGGCGCAGGGAAUACGUGGGCCCGUCACCUUAUUGAGCUGGCCACGGGUUACUACACCGGGAGCUACUACUUUGAUGGCUCACUGUACAACAAAGGUUUCAAAGGGGAGAGAGAUCACUGGCGCAGUGGUAGAACCAUAUGUAUCAAGACCCAUGAGAGCGGCAAGAAGGAGAUCGAGGCCUUUGAUGCCAGCAUUCUUAUGAUCCGGAACCCUUAUAAAGCCCUCAUGGCAGAAUUUAACCGCAAGUAUGGCGGCCAUAUUGGAUUUGCCUCUCAAGCUCAUUGGAGGGGGAAAGAGUGGCCAGAGUUUGUGAAGAACUACGCUCCAUGGUGGGCAUCCCACACACUAGACUGGCUGAAAUAUGGGAAGACAGUUCAAGUGGUACACUUUGAGGACUUAAAACGGGACCUUUUCUCUGAGUUAAAAGGCAUGGUCAUCUUUCUGGGCCUAGAAGUCUCAGAGGACCGCCUGCUUUGUGUGGAAGGACAGAAGGAUGGGAACUUCAAACGCUCUGGGCUGAGGAAGCUGGAAUACGACCCUUAUACGCCAGAGAUGUGUGCCACUAUUGACGGGCUUAUUAAGACCGUGGACACGGCACUCAGAAAGAGAAACCUGUCUGGUGUACCCGAGAAGUACAGACCCAGAUGAUACCCAUCUCUUCAUUUAUGCUUUUUUUUUUCACAACACACUUUUUUCCCAGCUAUACCCAUUUUUGCCCUAGAAUAUGAAAUUGUUUAUCAUCAUUCUCUUUGAUUGCUUUCAGUUUUAAGAAUGGUACAGUAUUGCAGAAAUGAACUGCUGAAAAACUGUUUGCCCUUUCAUUAAUAGUCUACACUACAUAGUAAGACAUGGGCUUGUGCAACAAUUUGCUUUGAGUUUAAUCACCAUGGAUCCAUCUUCCUUAGGCCAAUACAAGUGUGUGCUCACUACAAAUUCAGUUGAGUCUUUACUGGAAAUGACUGUUCACACUUCUUAUAAAAGUGUCUGUUGCCAUCAAGACAUCCGGGACAGCUAUUUAGAUAAACCCAUGAUAUGUGUCUUUCAUUAAAUUGGCUUUUCCUUCGACUACUGGACUACACUAUGAUCCCUUAAGCACUUCAGUCUCAUUGGGAAUAUCUGGACAGCGAUUUCAUUUUUAACAUCUGAACCCCAGCUUCCUGUGACCACAAUUAUCUGGAAAUUGCUUUCAGAUGUUAUGAUGCUUCUUAAGACUGAUAUGGACAACAAAAUCCUCAAUCCUCAAGUUAUACCACGUGAUUAGAUCAAUGCAUGGGCGACUCGAAAACACCUUGUCUGGUACUUGCCUUCAGUGAUUUGCAGGCAGGCAAAUUGCAGCCUUUAUUGAGCUAUCGAUUUAGAUGAAAGCAACCAAGUUCUUCUGUUUUGUGUUUAGAGCACUUCUACGUUGAGAUUGUUCCAUUGAGUUUAACUUUUGUUUUUCUCACUGAGGUUUUAAGAUGUAUUUGCAGUGCAUGGGUGAUCAAAAAAAAUGGGGGCUUCUUGUAAAUUGCUUAAAAUGACAUUGACUGACCCUUUACCCCUUUUAUUAUUUGAAUCUGUUAAAGGGAUACAGUAGUUUUCCCCAAAAUGAAAAAUAUCAUUAGAUGUCAGGCUUUGGAUGCAAUUAUCAACUUGUUCCAGAAAUGUUCAGAAUUGUUAUUUUUGUUUUUGUUUUUGUCAGUGUUUUAAUUACAGGAGUUUUUAUUCAAAACAGCGAAUCAACUUUAUCUAAUAAUCUUGAAGGGGUGAAAGCAAGUAUGAAGCAAUGUUCUAAAGAGACAAAAAGCACCUCGAAGGUAAAUUUCUGCUUCUCAGCUGGAGACCUAAUAAAAUAACAUUCAAUAUAUGUAAAUACACAUAUAUAUUUUUGUAAUGCUCACAAGGAGAAUGACUUUAAAAGACAAAGCAGCACCUAUAUUUUAAAAAAAGGCUUUUAAAUUUGAGCAUUACACGCUUUUCAUUUCAAAAAGGAACUGAAGUGUCUUUCUGAAUGUAUUUUGUAUGGCGUGAAUGUAAGGAAUUUCUACCAAAUGAUUAUAGAAAUCAGAGAGUAAUUGCCAGCAAUGCAAAGGGAAUUAAAUGAUUGCAACAAGAUUUUUAUUAUAAUUGUAAGCUGAGAGAACUGUGUGAAUAUAUGGAAAGGUUUUGCAUUUGUUUGGAUAGUGCAUCAGAUGUCCUGAUCAAUAAAUUGUAACGCCCCAAAUUCUCAGAGGCCCAAC